AAUGGAAAAGGGGCUAGGCCCCGAGGGUUCAGUUGUAACAGAGCAAAAGGGAUGGGAAUCUAUUGACAGUGACGGUCGUCUGGUCAUAUGCACGAGGGAAAAGUCAGAUGCAUUUCGAUCGCAUGCACGAGAAACUGGUGAAUCGAACGUCGAUGAUGAGCCUCGAUGCCAUCUCCGAGGCAGUGGGAGGAGGAGCAGGAUGUAGAAAGCAAAUUCUCACGAUCAGUUGUCGUGAUCCACAUCGCUUUGUACUCUGCCCCAAUAAAGCUGUCGUCGAUUGCCAGGAAACCGUAAGAUGCAGCAUACGGUAUGAAACAGACGCACGGCCUCUGGCUGCCUGGGGCUCGGCGGGUGCAGAGAGGACUCGGACGAUCUAGCUACGAAGAAAAUUGGCUUCUUGAUCGAACACGCGGAAAGCUCCCUCUACAGCGACGAAGAUGUGAUUUGAAGCAAAGUCCGCAAGGGCUAGGACCACCUUCGAAUUCUAGCUGCGAGCUGGUGUGUUGAGACCAGAAAUCCCCCAGCCGCAUCAUGGGCGGGCCAAGAUACUCCCUGCGGAACCAGCAUUUGCGGCAUCAAAGGCAAGGCUUCCGCUCUAUACAGGCUUCUUCUUCAUUUGUGAUCUCAUCGCUCAUCAUAUAAUUUCGUACUUUAUGAACACGAAAUGUGAGUCAUAUCUUCUUUGCUUUUGAUGGGCGUAGAAGUCUGUCCACAGUGCAUUGGCAGACAGCUUUUGUACAUUAUUAAAGUGACUUGGACAAUGCAGUGGCAAAUGCUUGCCGGACAAGGCCAUCGAUUUAAUGGACGAGGUAGGAUCAAGAGAUCGUCUGGGACACGCCGAGGUAUUAUUUAUCUCCUUAUUGCACCGAUCAACUUCAUCGACUUCGCAUCCACCUUGUUCAAACAAAUGCCCUUUUUUUCAAAUUCCAAGUAUGAAUAUCUACUGAUUAUCUUAUGUGCUCAAUAAUAAAUAUGUGUGUAUAUAUAUAUUGUUCAUAUUGUCUUCAUAAUGUAUAAGAUGAUGAAAAUCCU